AAAUUAAAAAAGAAAAGAGAAAAAAGAAAGAAAGAAAGAAAAGGUUUCAUCACUUUUGAGGCAAGUGGAACGUGCUAUCAUCGAUAUGCACCUGCUGGCUCUAUAAUUGAAGGGUAUGUGCGGAGGAACAAUACAUCUCACUGCAUCUCUAUAUAUAUAUAUUGUAGAGCUUUGAUAGAUUGGCUACUUCAUUUACCAAGUUAGGCUCUUAGUUGCGCAGGGAUAUAUCUUAAAUCUAAUCAGUAAUGGCAAAAAUUGCCUUGGGAAGCAGCCGAGAGGCCACCCAGCCCGACUGCAUCAAGGCCCUCGUCGUCGAAUUCAUCUGCACCUUCCUCUUCGUAUUCGCCGGCGUCGGAUCCGCCAUGGCUGCCGAUAAGCUGGUGGCUAACGCACUGGUGGGGUUGUUUGCUGUGGCCAUGGCCCAUGCGCUGGUUGUGGCAGUCAUGAUAUCCGCCGGCUUCCACAUCUCCGGCGGCCAUCUGAACCCCGCCGUCACCCUCGGCCUCGCCGUCGGCGGUCACAUCACCGUUUUCCGCUCCCUUCUCUACUGGAUUGAUCAGUUGUUGGCUUCUGCAGCUGCUUGUAUUCUUCUCCAGUUUCUCACGGGGGGCUUGGGUACCCCUGUACAUACUCUUGCAAGUGGAGUGGGCUACCUACAAGGGGUAUUGAUGGAAAUUGUGCUAACCUUCUCCCUGCUGUUCACCGUGUAUGCAACCAUUGUAGACCCCAAGAAGGGAUCUCUUGAUGGGCUGGGCCCUCUGCUAACUGGCUUUGUGGUCGGGGCCAACAUCUUAGCUGGGGGGGCCUUCUCUGGGGCUUCCAUGAACCCGGCCCGCUCGUUUGGUCCUGCUCUGGUCACCGGAGUCUGGACCGACCACUGGGUUUAUUGGGUCGGGCCCCUUAUUGGUGGUGGGCUUGCUGGUUUCAUCUAUGAGAACUUCUUCAUAGUUAGAUCUCAUGUUCCCCUCCCCAGAGAAGAAGAAAAUUACUGACUCUCUGUUGCUUGUACUCUGCCUCGAUGUGUCCAGUGUGUGCCUCACUUUUCUCUUCUCUGCUUUGUGGACUACUUCUAUUUUGUGCACAAAUGUGUGAAUAGCCAUCCUUCCUAUGUAACUCUUCAAUAAUUAUUUCAUCAGUUUUUAUUA